GGAUAUAAUUCACAUAAUCAAGCGCCCUGACAAGUAAAGAUGAAGUGGCCUAUUCGUGAUACAGCGCUAGGGGCAAGCGCGGUAUGGGGAACUCUCUAUACUCGGACGACCAAUAUAGUAAAUAACCAGCUUAGAUAGCAAAGAAACGCUGCUCGUAUCAGCAGACAGACACUUCUCUUGAGAAAUUGUAUAAUGUGAUAUGCAACCGAGGGUCACAUUACACAAAUCCGAUUGAUCUUCCCUCUAAUGGACGCGUCCAGACAACCAACCAAUAAAAACGCAUAUAUCCAAGAGCUUAGCACACUUGAAAGAUCCAGUUUAAGCCUAUGUCAGAUACAACUUCGCGAUAAUAGCCCGAGUCUGCGGAUCCCCCUCCACCAAAUUCUUCAUCCCCUCUUUUUUCUGCUCUUCGUUUUCAAUCUGCCGAAUUUGCGCCAGCUUCUCGAUGACCAUUAUCUUCGCAUCUUGUUGCCGCUGUGCAUACCCCUCCUCUGCCUCAUCAUCACUUAUCAUCCAUCCCAAACGCAUUACAGUGCUUUCUCUCGCAUCCUCUCCCUCGCUAUCGGCUUCUGGCUCUACCGUCUUUUGUUCCUCGGCUGUCUGCUUGCCCCAGGUCUGAGUUGUAAUGAUUGGUGUAGUGUCAAUCGGCCCGGGUUUUGGAAGCGGCAUAUUGACUGUAUAUCUCUCUACGUCGACAGGCUGGAUUAGUUCUGUUAUUUAGUAUUCACAGCAAGUAUCCCAUAGAAAAAAGGCACGUGCCACGCUGCGAUUCUUAGCGAGCCACUUGAGAGAGUAUUCCACGCCUGCAAACGAGACGACGUAGCCAUCCUUGGUCUGCACGCUAUUAACGAUCCAGUCCCAGUCCUGAUGGCAAGUUGC